AUGGAUCAUGGGAUAGUGAGGGUCGUCAAUGGAGGAUGGCUGGAUGGGCUUACGCGAGAUGCUGUUACGCGACCCGACACGAGCACGAUUCUUUGGGAAACGCUCUACGAACCGUGGGAUCUCUUCACAAGACUCGAUAAAGGAGACGACGUGACUGCGGCUGAACCUGUGACAUUGUUACGCGACGUUUGUUCUGGACCCGAUUCCUCAGAGAAGAACUGUUCAGUCAUAUGCACCAGCUCGGACGACUUAUUCGCCUCUUGGAAGACUCUAUGGCAAUGUCUGUCUCUGUCAUCGAUAACUCUCGCAAACUCCACAUUCUCUACACUUGAUCAACACCAUGACGGAGUAGGAAACGGCACAUCAAGGGAGCAGAUCUCGAGCGCCUUGAGGUCUUUUGGCAUUACCAAUGCGACCGACUUUGACGGGAAAGCGGUUCUGAAUCUCACGUAUGAGUGUGCUGCUGCAAGUUGCCGCGAUAAUAGCAUGGGAGAGUGCUCCAUUGGCCAACUCGACCCAGGGUAUUUUGAGAGUGAGACUCUCCAAUGGAUCAAGGUGUACGAGGCUCUUGCACCGCUAUGCGAUGGACUGGAAAGCGAUAUCAACAUCGAUAUUGCUGGACCUGGAGUACUAAUAACAUACAUCACUCAAACAGCCAUGGUGGUGUUCGCAUGGCUAUUUUUCCUACUUCUCAAAGUCAACAAGUUCAUCAACACUUCAACAUCAAUCUUCACUCAUCUCUUCCGAAAAAGAAACCCGGGUCCUAAUCUCUUGACCCAUCGUGUAUCAGGCCUUGAACACCUCGAGCGCACGAAUCUUGCUCACGCAACGAGCACCUUUCUGGCAGAGCUUCACGAAGCACAGUGCUUCUUUGUCGUUGCCAUCGAGAUAGCGCUGAUCAACGCCAGUUCAAGAUCAGCAAUUUUCACAGGCGCUGAGAACUGGCAGAGUCUUCUUUGGAAUCGUGAUAGUGUCCAAUUUCUUGCAGGUAUGGGAGCUUGGCCUAUUAUUCUCGGACAGAUCUCCCUCCGAAGAGCCGAGCUAGACUCGAUGUACUACCUCCUUCUCUCGACGCUCGCAUUGGUACUUGCUGGUGUGGCGGCUGAUACAGCUGCAAAUCCAGAUCCAGAUCGGAUAUACAAGAUGUUUCAAGGACAGAAUACACUUGAAGAAUGUGGUGGACAUCCUUCCCUUCGAACGUUUUGUGUGGAAGAGCGAGAGGGUCUAUAUUGCGGGGAGUAUAUUCGCAUUCCUCGGAUUACUUGCUCUCCUGUGGUGGGCCAAAAUCUGGAGUCUUUGCAACUCUCCAACAUCAUUCCUCAAAAAGCACAAGUCCUUAUCGAAACGUCAGCUUGA